AUGAAAUCUUUUGCAAUACUUUGUGUUUCUUUGGCGGUUGUUGGUCAGGUUUUUUGCAAUCUUAAGGAUACAGAUGUCCAAGUAGGAGAUUGUGAUGGGACUGGUCCCAUUGUUUAUGAAGAAAUUAUGAAUGUACAAUUGUCAAUUGAUUCGAUAGUUAUAGAAACGAAAUUUAUCUGCACACCAGACGUUAGUUUAGUACUUAAAUGCAUCGAAAUUAAAGACCUAAGGAACGAUGGAACUAACGGACAAGCCAGAGUAUCUGCAGGAGGGCCAGGAGAACCUUGCGCUACUUUAGAGUUUACAUCACAAAUAAAUACAGGCAUGGACUUUGGUAUUACUGUUUGGGGCAUGAACAACUCUUUGACAUUUUAA